AAGGGGUGGAGCCUAAAGAGCACUGCCGGCUAAUCGGCGCAUUCGCGUCUAUUCCCUGUGGCGCGGACCGAUGACUAGAAAGACACAGUCGGCCUGAGCGGCAGGCACCUCAAGCUGGAAGAAGCCGGGCUCUGUAAGGCCAUGUUUCGCAAAGUGCUGCGUCUUGGCCUGUGCCCGGGCCUCCCUACCCGGGGGCUACGCACACGCACAGGAGGCUUUACUCUGGACUGGGAUACAAAGGUGUCUGACUUUAAGAAGAAGAUUGAGUCUAUCCUGCCGGGAAAGCAAUGUGAAAUGGUGUAUGACACCAGCCACCUGCCCCCAGAACAGUCGGAUGUGGUCAUCAUCGGCGGUGGGAUUCUUGGUCUGUCUGUGGCCUUUUGGCUGAAGAAGCUGGAGAGUAGACGAGGUGCCAUGCAGGUGCUGGUUGUGGAACAGGACCACACGUAUUCACGGGCUUCCUCCACAGGGCCUUCUGUGGGCGGGAUUUGGCAGCAGUUUUCUGUUCCCGAGAAUGUCCAACUCUCACUCUUUUCAAUCAACUUUCUACGGAACAUAAAUGAGUACCUAGCUGUGGUGGACGCCCCUCCUGUGGAACUUCGGUUCAACCCCUCAGGCUGUCUCUUGCUAGCUUCAGAAAAGGAUGCUGCCACCUUGGAAAGCAAUGUGAGAAUGCAAAGGCAGGAAGGAGCCAAGGUCUGUCUGAUGUCUCCUGAGCAGAUGCAGAACAAGUUUCCCUGGAUGAACGCAGAGGGAGUGGCUCUGGCAUCUUAUGGGUUGGAGAAUGAAGGUUGGUUUGAUGCCUGGUCUUUGCUCCAGGGUCUUCGUCGAAAGGUCCAGUCAAUGGGAGUCUUUUUCUGUCAGGGAGAGGUGACACGUUUCAUCACUUCAUCUAACCAAAUGGAGACUCCAACUGGGGAACAGGUAGUCUUGAGAAGGAUCAACAAUGUCCACGUGAAAAUGGACAAGAGCCUGGAGUAUCAGCCAGUGGAAUGUGCUGUAGUGGUCAAUGCCGCAGGAGCCUGGUCUGGACAAAUUGCAGAGUUGGCUGGUAUUGGAAAGGGACUUCCUGGCACCCUCCAGGGCACCAAGCUACCUGUGGAGCCAAGGAAAAGGUAUGUGCACUUAUGGCACUGCCCGCAGGGACCAGGUCUGGAGACACCGUUGGUUGCAGACAUCAGUGGAGUGUAUUUCCGACGGGAAGGAUUGGGCAGCAACUACCUAGGGGGCUGUAGCCCUACUGAGGAAGAAGAACCAGACCCAACAAAUCUGGAAGUGGACCAUGACUUCUUCCAGAACAAAGUGUGGCCCCAUUUGGUCCAGAGGGUGCCAUCUUUUAAGACUCUGAAGGUACAGAGUGCCUGGGCUGGCUAUUAUGACUACAAUACUUUUGACCAGAAUGGCGUGGUGGGCCCCCACCCACUAGUUGUCAACAUGUACUUUGCUACGGGCUUCAGUGGUCGUGGACUUCAGCAUGCACCUGGCAUCGGUCGAGCUGUGGCAGAAAUGAUACUAGAGGGUCACUUUAAGACCAUCGAUAUGAGCCCCUUCCUCUUCACCCGCUUUUACUUAGGAGAGAAGUUACAGGAGCACAAUAUUCUCUGAAUGUGAAACUCUUCUCUGGGCCUUGCCUUGUCUCAUGUUGGCUUUGGUCACUGCCCAAGUCUCCCCAGAACUGUGCCAGGAAUACAUCCCUUUCCUCACCGUCCUUUAAACCAGGCCUCUUCCCAGUGUCUCUGAAAUGGAAUAAACAAAGGCACAGAGACCAGGCCAAUGGAAAGUAACACAGUGGGACCCUAGGGCUGAUUGUAGCCUAGGCUGAUUCACUACCCAAACAGUUCAGCUGGCAUCCUGGGCAUGGUGCCCAGGACUGGCCUCCUUCCUGGUGCUGAUACAGAGAAAUCUGACCAGAGCCAAGGCACAGAGCAUUCCAGGAUAGCCUGACCCAAAUUUAUUGACUUGUCUAAUAACUUAUUCUUCAAUCAACAUAUGUAUAUGAUUAACCCCUUCUCUCUGGCCUUAUAUUCUUCCCACUUUUCUUCUCAUAGUAGAAGCAUUUGAAGUAUUGUGCCAUUAAAAAGGCAGCUUUAGGGCUGAAGAGAUGGUUAAGAACCCUGACUGCUCUUCCAGAGGCCCUGAGUUCAAUUCCUAGCAAGCACAUGGUGGCUCACAACCAUCUGUAAUGGGAUCUGAUGCCCUCAUCUAGUCUGUCUGAAGACAGUACAAUACUCAUGUAUUUAAAAAAAAAAAAAAAAAAAAAAGACAACCUCAUCCUCUUGAGAGUAUUUCUUAAAUUCUCUGUGGGAGACAUCUUGUUUGCAAGCUUGUAUCCUGUUACCUGAGUUCUACGGCAACCAUGGUUCUAGCGAAUGAAAUGGAGUCAUUCAUCUAGUCAACUUCUAUAAAGCUCCAGCUUCUGGCUACUGACAUUCAGUCUAUAGCAGGAUUCAAAGUGGCUUUCUGAGUGGAUCAUGGAGCUUUGUGGGGAAAAAGUAGCCAGCAUCUGAAGAGCCACACUGAGAAGCUUGGAUUUCAUCUCAGCAGAGACCCAGCAGAAGAUUUUUAAAGAUGGAAGCAAUAUGAUCAGAUCUUCCUUUUAGGCGGCAGAUUGCUUGCUUAGCAUGUGGAUGGCCCCGGGUUUGAUACUCAGCACCAACAGCAGAGAGGAUCUGGGGGAAGUCACUGGCUUCCUUGUAGAGAAUAGAGUCAGAGAGCAAAGCAGGAAAGCAGGCUCUAGAUAAAGACUGUUUCAGUCUACUUAGCAGUCAUGGUGGGAAACACAUGGAAUGAUGUGACAAUGCCAAUGUGACAUGGAGUCAGUAUUUCCCGGCUUUCUGGCUAAACAGCUAAACAAGUACCAUGCUUCUUACCAAAAUGACAGAGGGAACAGCAAAAUGAGUAGUCUGAUGUGGGACAAACUGAAAGGAAAGUGCCUGUGGGAGGUGUGAUGGGUGAUUGCACUAGUUGGGUGGACAGGUGACAGAACAGCAUCACCAAAGGAGAGCAAAAUGUAGGGACAACUAAAAAGCUGGAGUAUCCACUGACAUUUAGAGAAAACAGAUGAACGCUGAAGGACUGACCCAUGAGGCAGGAGAAAAUCCAGUGAUACGGAAUCAUGAAGACCAAGAAGUAGGCACCAGAAUGAAAUGUCCCAUGCCAGCUGGGCUCAGCACCUAGCACUCACUGGUGACCAGGGAAUGCAAUCUAAGGCACAUAGUAGAGUAGAAAAUCUUGGGAAAAUGGCUCCUUCAUCAGAAGUCCUUUGGAGUAAAUAAAAAGUAAAAGAGGUAGAUAUCAUAUAGGGGAGGGGACAGGAGAAGAGAUGGGCCAGCUGGGAGUAUAAAGCCUGUGUGGUUUGAAGAGCGCCAGGAAUGAGGCAGUAAGCAAAAGAAAAGUCACCAGAAGAUAAUGCUGAAAUAUCAUGUCAGGAACAGCGUGGACAGGCUUUAGGUUAAAGAGGAAAAAUCAGAGACUUGGAUUAUAAAUUAGCCCUGGAUUAUAGAGGUGCCCUGUAGCAGAAUUUUAACAGAAUGUUUGUAUCUGCCAUGAAUCUGGAGUAAUGGCACCUAAGCUUUGAAGUAGCUUUUGUCAGUGAUUGUUAUCUGAGAUUUUUAUGGGGUUAUUCCUUUGAAGGUUUUUUCAGCCUUUGCAUAUCAUAGUCAGGAGAUAGGUCUGGCAAACCGGGACAUCUCCCAUGGUUGAGAAUUGCUUAGGUGAUUGUAGGAUGAUGUCAUACAGGUGAAGGCAGGUACAAGAUAGAAUGAGGCCUGUCAUUGGACGAGAAGGAAGGAUGGGCGGGAGAAAAGUUUUAGAGAGAGGAGACUGGAACCAGAGGAGAGAAGCAGCUAGGAGAAAAUGGAGGUGGAUGUUAAGAUCCCUCUCUGUACACUUACAGGUUGUUAUGAAUAUUCUUAAGGGAUGUAUAUGUCCAGGGCUUUGUAUGUUUAGGUGGGCAAUUAUAUCUUAUCAAUUGGAUCAGAGGUUAUUGUGUUGUGUGUUCUUUCAUGUGGCGGUUUAAGUUCAAGAGAGUAUGUGGUGGCUGGAGACAUGUGUAUACCUGCCUUGGGAACUGGAUGGGGAGAGAGAUUGUUGCCAGGCUCAGAGAGACGCCACCAGCAGCGUGAUAUGAGAUAGAACAAAGCAGGUGAGAGACUUUGCUGACUGAGAUGAAGGUAUCCAUCAGAUAUCUUGGGGCACUGCGGUGCCAAGACCUAGUGUGGGAUAGAAGAAAGUAUUAUUUUAAAUUUACAGCAACAGGUAAUAGUUCUUUCAAGAUAGCUCCUAAAUCAGAUAAGUUUUGGUAUUUGGUAUUUGACUUGCUAAAGGUGACAUAUAAAGAACUUCAUUGGGCUGGGGAUUUAGCUCAGUGGUAGAGCGCUUACCUAGGAAGCGCAAGGCCCUGGGUUCGGUCCCCAGCUCCAAAAAAAAAAAAAAAAAAAGAACUUCAUUUAUAUAUGAAUUCAGUUUGAAUUCAUCCUGUUGUGGCUCUCUUCGAUUGAUCAGUCCAUGUAAACCAGCGACACUCACAGUGUCCCAUAGUGACUUCAACACAGCCUUAGUCUAAGGGUUCAAAGAGAUAGAUGUUAUAAUCAUUAACUCUUAAGGAACCCUCUACUUCUGCAGGGCUUUAAUCUUGUCUCAUGGGAAAACCCUUAUGAUUGCAUUUGCCUUGCCCUUUCAACUAUGUGAGGGGUCCUCAUCUUUGCCCCCAAAGCCAGCAACCCCACGCCUUGUCUUGUACUCUUGAGUGCCCAUCAAAGCAUUCCUGCUGGACCCUAAAGACCCUUCCUGGCCCCAGGGAGUUUAUACUACAAUGAGAGGUAGGGCAAAGGGAUUUGUGGGUAGGGCAGAUGAAGAAAGGCUUUCCUCAAGCAGAUAAGAUGGCUCAAAAUGCCAUUUAGCCCUGACAACUUAGUUUCAAUCCCCAGAACCCAAGUUAAAAUGUAUGCUAUGGUUGCAUAUGUGUGCAAUCCCAGGGUUCAAUAUGUCAGGGAAAGUAGAGACAGGAGAAUUGUCUGGAACCUCAAGAGCCAGCCAGCCUGGAGAUAUAGGGUGGUGGAAACAAGAGAUACCCUACCUCAACAAAGUAGAAGAAGAGAACCAACUCCCAAAAGCUGCCCUCUGACCUAUACACAUGCAAUGAUAAUGUUUAAAAUCUUCAUUUCGUUUGUGUAUGUAUGCGGGGGAGGGAGGAGGCCAGACGAGGGAGUCCUUCCCUCAAGCUGAAGUUACAUGCAACUGUGAGCCACUGGGUAUGGGUGCAGGAAAUCAACUCAGGUCUUCAGGAUGAGCAGCAGAUGGCCUUAGCCACUCCAGCCUCAGUCUCUUGUCCAGGUAGAGUGGCCAAGCCUGUAAUCCCAGAACUUAAGAGUCAGGAAGAUCAAAAAAGUUCAGUCAUUUUAAUUACAAGUUUGAAGCUAGGCUAGACUAUUGAAGACUCCAUCUUUACAAAAAUAAGAAGAGAGAGAGGAGAGGAGAAGGAGAGGGGAGGGGAGGGGAGGAUGUAGAAAUGAACCUGGCUGGAAGACUGGCAGUUUUCACAAGCACAGCUGGGCAGAAGCUGAAGGGAGAACAGAAAUGUUCUCGCCAAGGAGCCAUCCACCAAGUGUGAGCAACUGCUGGGUGUCCAGCUGCUGGGGGGGUGGGGGGGGAGACAGCUCUUUCCCUAAAGCUUUUAUCCCUAACAGAGAAGGAAUGCUUUAUUCCUGAGCCACACUUGGGUGAUCAUGGCCCAAGAAUAUAGAUUUAGGUUACCCCAAACUGCAUGUUCCGGUGUGGGAGUAGCUUCACAAAGUUUUAAAUUUUUGCAGAACAAAGUCAUAAAUCAUGCCAAGUUUAAGAUACAUUGGUGGGUACAUCGCAGAGUCAGUUACAGCAAGAUGGGGGAAGCUUUGCUGUAGGACUCAGGUGUUAUCUGAUGAUAGCUUUUGGGUUGGGCAGCUAAGGGUCUGCUCAAGGAAUGGCUGGCUAUUCAGUGGGCUUUAGAGCUGGCUGAGCUAAGGUGAGCCUCUGGACAGACAAUAUUCCUGUCUCUCCACCUCACUGCAGUUCUAAUCAGUAAACCAGUCUUUGCAGACACAGUUGCUUUCCAGGAAUUCUUAUGAAUAUUCAUCUCACAACACCAGCAACCAGAGAAUAUAAAUUUGAUGAGUAAACCUAGAAAGAUCACCCAUGAACAGCCCCACAGCACCAACUUCCUCCCUCAGAACAAGUUAGAGUUUUGGCUGGAUGGAGAGAAAAAGAAACAGAGAGGGCUAAUAAGGCUUUACACCAGCCCAUUAAUACUCCUUCACCUGCAGCAUUUCAUGUGAGUUGUUUUUAGGUUGGUAUUUUAAUAAAACUUCGAUAGCAGGAAAUACUGAGUGCUGUAUUAUUUCCUUGGAGUUUCACAAAGCUCACAGCAAGCUCUAGGAAGUGGGGACAGAGGACUGUAUUUCAUCAGGACUUACCAACAUUUUGCCUAGCCACCCCUUUUUUGCAGUUAUUUUGGCACCCUCCGAAAUGCUGUUGAAAUGAUACUAGGAAAUCCCUGCCCUGAGGCAUUUUUGGCCAGACUGAUUCCGGCCAGUGGGCGGCAACAUUAAUGGGACCCACCUCCCAUAAAGACUUUAAGAAACAAUAUACAACCAACACACGGAAAAGUGCAUAGAUCCCGAGUCCCACCAAACCACUUUUCACAAGCUCUCUUGUGCAACCUGCAUCAGGAACAAAUUUAUCUGUGUUCAUAUGUCUGUGUAGGUGUAUGCCGUAGGGGGUGCCUUGGAGGACAGGUGGAGUUACAGGCAGUUGUGACCCAUGUGGGAGCUGGGACCUGCAAAAACUGGGGUUCUCUUGAAGGAGGAGCAAGCUCUCUUCAGCACUGAGCCGUCUCUCCAGCCCCUGGAAAAGUCAUCUUGAAUGGUUUCCUGAGAUGGAGACACCAAGACCCGGGAAGACUGUUGAAGGCCAUGGUCAGCAGGAGGUGUAAAUCCAUGCAGUCCACCUGUAGUCGGCAGUCUUCACCGUUUUAUGACAUUGUUUCCCUAGCUGCCUGGUAAGGGCUAGAUCCCAAAUGCCGUCCUGGUCAGGUGAAGCAGAGAACAGUCACUCUACCAAGCUCAUACCUUGAUGGCCGUUCCAUGAAGCUAAGACUGGAUCUCUUCUCCCUGCCAUUCCCCCAAUGCCUGCUCUUUCAUGGUUGGUUUGGAGGCCUGUGCUAUGGCUUCAUCCUCCUCCGUCCCAGCCUCCUCCACUCAGUCCAAGAAGCCUCGAGACAAGAUAGCUGAUCUGGAGACACUAAGUUGACACUUAGAGCUUUCAUGAGGAAAACUGGAAAUAGUUCACAGCCAUCGUUAGUCCAGUAAUGGCAGGAGGCAUCAGGAGCCAGAGCCAGCUGCAUUCUCUUCAUGACACAGGAUCAGAUUGCCACCAGCUUCCAUUACUGAGGGCUCUACAGAACUGCCAGGCAGAAGAUGGGGCCCACCCCUGAAAGGAGACCAGGAAGAAGAUGGGGACUCCCCAAGAAGGGCAGGAGGAAGUCAGGGACUCUCCCCAGGAAGACCACAAGGAAGUCAGAAAUUCAAGUUGUCAAGAGACUAUGCUAUCAGGAAGGUCAGCAGUCUUGUCUGCUGCUUAACUGGAUAGGAAGCUGACACACGGCUGUGUGCUUUCCCUGGCAUCAGGCACUGGGGGAACAGGUACCACUCCUCAAGAGGGAUGAGCCUGACAUUGCCCAGGGAAGCUGAGAAGAGGUGGCAAGUGUCCGGUCCUCACACAUACACACUACUGCUCUCUUUCCCAGAGACAUCGACUCACUUCACAAAGCCGGAUAACACAUUCAGCCCCACACUGAAUUUCACCUAUUGAAAAAAUGUUAUUAAAAAUGCAAUCCUAGGGGCUUCAGAGAUAGCGGCUCAGGGGUUGAGAACUCUUACUGCUUUUGCAGAGGAUCCAGGUUCAAUUCCCAGGAUUCACAUGGCAAUUCACAGCCUUAUCUAUAACUCUGCUUCCAGGGGAUCUGAUGCCUUCUCUGACCAGGAUCUCCUGGGGCACUGGGUACACAUGUGGAACACCUAUAUAGAUGCAGGCAAAACAAUCAUACACAUAAAGAACUGUUUUUUAAAAAUUAGAAAUGCAAACCUAGGACUGUAGAUGGAGUCCAUGGUAGAACACUUGCUUAGCAGGCCUGAGGGCUUGGAUGCUACCUCCAGCACCACCAAAAGAAAGAAGCAAGCACAGACCCGGAAACGGCUCUGAAUACAUAAACAGGUAGGGAGAAGGGAAGCCAGGGUGUGGGGCUCAGCUGGAUCAAAACCAACAGAUCAUGGGACACCUGGGCCCUCAGACAUCUGCUAGAGCCCAUGUUUCACGGUACCUGGCUUUAUGUUGAACCGAGAGGAACCGAUGUUCUCAAGCUAGCACCAGAGUGCAUUCCCAGGGAGAGGCAAGGUGUUGCCUGUGUUCUCAAUAGGAACAGAAACAUGGUCAGCUGAAUGUCCUUGUCUCCCCUGGCGUGUACCUUGAGCCUCUUUUUUUGACACAUCCUUUUACUAAAAAAAUGUUUUUAAAUCACGGGUUCCUUUCUUUCUUCCUUCCUUCCUUUCUUUCUUUCUUUUUUGUUACAUACAAAACAUCUAAAGAAUACCAUACCAUACUCAUGCACCUACUGCCUAACGUAAGAAAACCUUAUCACUAAUAUGCUUGUUUCCUUUGUGUCCUGAAUUCCAGGCCCUUCAAGUUUCCUAACAAAAAUAACCAACUAUUCUGAGUCUUGAAUUAUUUUGAGCUGUUCUUUGUUUUGUUUUUUAAAGAUUUAUUUAUUAUCUAUGUAAGUACACUGUAGCCGUCUUCAGACACACCAGAAGAAGGCAUCUGAUCCCGUUACAGAUGGUUGUGAGCCACCAUGUGGUUGCUGGGAUUUUAACUCAGGACCUCUGGGAGAGUGAUCUUAACCACUGAGCCACCUCUCCAGCCCAUUUUGAGCUUUUCUAUAUGAAGUUUCCAUAGAUGUAUGCUACCCGGAAACAUUUGAUUUUAUGAUUUUAUCUUCUAUACAGAUUGCAUCAUGUGUGUUUCCUUUGUUUGACAUGUUUGCAAGGUGUGUCCAUGUUGCUGUGUCACUUGUGGGUUUCCUUUUGUUUAUGUAAAUCAGCAGUUUUCCACCCUUUGGGGUGGAACGGGUUGCAUAUCAGAUAUCCUCCAUAUCAGAUAUUUACAUUAUGAUUCAUAACAGUACCAAAAUUAUGGUUAUGAAGUAGCAAUGGAACUAAUUUCAUGAUUGUGGUCAAACUACAUGAGGAACUAACUGUAUUAAAGGGUCACAGUGUUAGGAAGGUCUCAACUACUGCUUUAAGAUCACCUUAAAGUGAAUUCCAGGGACUUCCUCUCUAAAUUUUUAGUUACAAACCUGUAAUUCAUGAGGUUUGGUUUCUUUCUUUUAACCAUGAGCUUACUUUUUUAUGUGCAUUGGUGUUUUACAGGAAUGUCAGAGUGAGUCAUAUCCCCUGGAUCAGGAGUUACAGACAUUCGUGAGCUGUCAUGUGGGUGCUGGGAAUUGAACCCAGGUCCUGUAGAAGAACAGCCAGUGCUCUCAUCUACUGGGCCUUCUCUCCAGCCCUGCAUAGUAUCUUUUAAAGCUAUAUUUUCCUCAUAAUAUAAGAUACUGCCCAUGAAGCUGUCAUCAUUGCUUUCUGUGUCUUACAAAGGCCUUCCUGUCUUAUUCCACAUUUUCUUCUACAUUCAGUCCUGAAAAGAAGUUGAUCUCAUUUUCUGCCAAAGUGUUUCUGUUCACAUCUAGACCUUUCCUCUAGUCGAGUUCUUGCUGUUUGUCCGUUUUCUGUUUUUGAUUUUUUAAAAAUGGUAUGUAGCCCAAACUGACAUCCUCCUCAUUCAGCUUCCCGGAUGCUGGACUUUUUUUUUUUUUUUUUUUUUUUUUGUUCUUUUUUUCGGAGCUGGGGACUGAACCCAGGGCCUUGCGCUUCCUAGGCAAGCGCUCUGCCGCUGAGCUACAUCCCCAGCCCCGUCUUGUAAGCAGUAUAAACUGCCGUGCCUAGCGUAUUCUUGGUUGUCAGGUUAAAAUCAAUUCCUUUAUCUUAGUGUCCGCCCCGCCUGUCCUCACUGGUAUCUGCGAUUUUUCUGUUUGUUUGAGACAAGAUCUCACUAUGUAUCCCUGGCUGGCCAAGAAUGCACAAUGCAAACAGACUGGCCUCAGUCUCAGAUCUGCCUGCCUCUGCCUCCCCAGCGCAGUGCAUCAGCACGCCCGUAGACUGCUGCCGUGUGCUGUCAUGUGAACACGUCCAUUGCUGGUUCUCUAGGCUCUUUCAGGUAUACCCUGUGUUAGUGCCAUGGCAUCCUUUCAAAAGCUUUAAUGCCCUGCGGGCCAGUUCUUCCCACCCGUCUUGUUCAUCGUCUAAAUCAUUCUGCCUUUUCUUAAUUCUUACCUUUCUUUCUGUGUUGUUUAUUCAUAUACUUCCAGGUUCCGGGGAAAGUGUAUUUUUCUUGGAGUUGUAUUCAGUUAUGGAUUUGACUAGGAAGAAGAGGUACUCUCGUGAUAAAGCCUUCCUAUUCAUAAGGGAGCAUCACCACUUAGGUCCUUAAAUGUAUUUCAGUAAAUUUGAAUAAUACUUUU